AUGCAGCCGCCCGUCCACGUAACGAAGAGCAGCGAGCUGGACGCCGGCACGGGCGGCCAGACCGAGGGCAUGCUGAGGAUGGGUGCUAUUGUGGGGAGGUCGGACAAGAUUUGUGCUUCUGUAAUGCUAGCAAAACCACACACCUCCUCCGCCGUCCACCACCACGGCGAACAAGACACCAUCGUCUACGCCGCCUCGGGCCACGGCUCCAUCGUCUCGGAAGCUGAAAGAAAGGGGAAAAAAAGACAACCCCUCUCCCCCGGCGACUUCGCCCUAAUCCCCGCCUGGACCGAGCACCAAGAGAUCAACGACUCCGACUCGGACGUAACCUGGAUCAUUACCCGGAGCGGCGGCGAGCCCGUGGUUGUUAAUCUUGAGGGGUGGGGUGGGGGUGUGAAAAUCAUGAAGUCAUAA